AUGAAACUUGAUGUUUGGAUCUCCAAGAAUUGUCUGACAACACUUCAUCUUGUCGAGUUGAACUUCGGACAGAAAAUUGAUUCGUUGAAGAGCUGUGUAGUCAAUACAGAAGCUUCCUCCAAUGCUUGCCGAAUGACCUUUAGCAUGUCAUUGUCUACCGUACCAAUCUUUUUCUGGUGCUGCCUAGGGUUUGCUUGUUUUAUUUCAACAAAAAUUGUUUGCUGUGAGCUAUUGGCUUUCCGAUUCGGACGACAAUUUGCUGCUCGUGCUGGUAGGGCUUUGUUUGGAUCAUCAACAAAACAAAUUAGGGGAUACUGCCAGGAAGUCACUUCCACUUCUGAAAUACCACCUCGUAAUAUUGUUAUUGCUUUUGUUGCUGGGGGACUAACAUCUUUUGCUGGGCUCUAUUAUGUGUUUGGCUCUAAACUGGAAGAACUCCAGGCAAAGGAGCGUGGACUACAAUUGGUGUGGGACAUUCGUUAACGGGAAUAGUUUUUAGUAAUUUGUGCUUAUUUAUUAACCUUUUGGCUAAGAUCCAAGUGUAAUAUGUAUACCGACGAUCUACUAACAAGUUUCCUAAAUGUAUUGGAAUUUGGAAGGAA